AUGACAGCCCUCCCCAAAUUCAUCUCCUCAACCCUCCUCCGCCGCCCUAACACCACCCUCCUCGCAGCAACCCGCUUCCUAACACCCGAAAUCUCGACUUCCUUCUUCCACCUCCCGAAACACGACACAUCGCUUGUGAUCCCCGUUAAAAUUGAUUUGUUUUCGCAGUAUGAUGCAGUAGGCACUGUGAGGGGGCUGCUUCUUGCGGGGGUUACACAUAUUAAUGCGGUCGUGUUUGAGGGGGGGAGUGGUACGGGUGUUCGGGGUGGUGGGAGUUGGGCUAAUGGGGUUAAUGGGAGGGUGAAUAGAGAUGUGGGAAGGGAUGCGGAGUAUGAGGAGGGGUUGAGGAGGUUGUUCGGGCAGGUUAGGAUGUUUUUGGGGGGUUCGAGGUUUGUGUUUUUGAGGAAAGAGUCGGGGAUGGAUGUGGAGGGGGUGAGAGAGGUAGUAAUGACAGAGGUUGGGGAUGUCGCUUCUUUUUUUCAAGUUGAUGUCCCGGACGGGGAGGGAGAAGAAUGGACAGCGACAGAGAGGAUACUGCAAUUAAUGGAUCAUAACGAACAAGGAUGGUAA